AUGACUGCCAUGGUCGUCGCCGAAUUUUACCGUUUUCGAGUCCAAUUUCAUCGCUACGACCUGGCAGACACGAAUGAAGUCAUUUGUGAUGAGGCAAAACCUCAAUGUGGUCAUUGCCUUCGGCACUCUAUUGUCUGUGACUACAGUUUGCAGGCGCAAACUCAAUCGCGAGUGCAAGGAGAAGCUCCACGUGGUGAUUCGCAAGAAAGCAUCGCAUCAGACUCAGCGUCGUCAGGAUUGGAAAAUCAGUACCGCUUUAUAUCCGCCUCCACAACAAAUUUCAAACCCCCCAAACGGAAACAUAAAAGGCAGUCUCAAUUAUACGACACUGUUACUCUGAGUACAGCUAUCUCCGAAUCAUCAUGUACCACCAUACCUGAGCGGCCUUUUCAGUUUAGCGGGGCAGACAUGGAAUUGUUUCAUCACUACAUGACAUCCACUUCCAUGACGCUGGCGGAGGACGAGGCAGGUCGGCAAAUGAUGCAAUCAACACUUCCUCAGCUUGGUUUUAAAUUCAACCAUGUCCUGCGUUUGCUUUUAGCUUUCUCUGGCUACCAUAUUGCUCACCUGAAAAGACAGCAGCAAAAACAGCAGGAGCAGGAGCUCGUAUCACUUCAAGAAUCUCCGGAUGAGUCAAUUAUCACGCAGGCAGAUCGGCAUUACACAAUCGCUCUAUCCCAAGUCAGCACUAGCAUUUCCACGCUAAACGAAACGACUUGCCAUGCCAUGUAUGCAAGUGCAGUGUUUAUUUGCUUUUGCUCCUUCGCAAAAGGGCCACAAGUCGGGCAAUAUCUUGGCUUCAGUGAAACCGGCAAUGCGGAAUGGAUGACCCUACUAGGGGGAGUUCGAUCCAUUGUUCAAUACUCUCGGGACACGCUCUCGGUGGAUCUUAUUCCGUCCGACAACUCGAAUCUGACUUUAGAUCAGCAUCUACACGAGCCUUCUGAGGAUCAGGGGCGUCAUGACUCGGGGUGGAAAAGUUGCCUUCAGCAGCUCCGGGAAGUGCUUAUUCAGGAAUUACCGGUUACCGAAUCUCGCCAUCCGAUCUAUCUAGGGGUAUUAGAUGGCCUUGCUUCAUCAUUCAACAAAGUCUAUGGCGCCGGGUCCCUGAGCAGAGGGGACAAAUGGGCACAAAUUUUCCGCUGGCUCUAUACACUCCCUGCGGUAUUUUCAUCGGAUCUCCAAGAGCAUACACCGCUUGCUCUGCUUCUGUUUUCCCCUUUUGUGGUCUUAUUGAAAGAGCUGGAUUCUUAUUGCAUGAUCCCUGCUAUCGGAGUCAUUGCCUGCGCUCGAGUCCUCGAAGUUCAGUCUCCCGUGCAGUCUACCUGUCAUGCAGUUGGCGUAUGGGAGAAAGGACUGAAUAGCAAUGUGACCCGCCAAUCUGUCCACUGGCGGCCGUACGGAAUGGGUGUCGCUGUCGCAAAUCUGUGA